CAGAAAAGCCACUGUCGAUCAUUCGUGAGCGAAUUACGAAGUUGUACUUCUUCAUAUGGACAUAUUAAAACGCAUGUCACGUUGAUCUGCACUAUAUAGCUACAUCCGAGGCGACAGACACUCACCUCCCAAACUCUCUUCUCCUUCUUCUCCCUCCCACACAUUCUCUUAUGCUGCCUAUCAUACCCAAGACUGCUGGUGGUCCCGUCGCAUUACGGCUCGAGGAAUGCGCCGCCAGAGUCGAAGUUAAGAAAUGGCAUCCACAUCCCGCCGUCAUGCAAAGCCUCACAGUCGAAGCAACACAUCUGCGGCUAGGCAAGAUAGGAAAGCUGGCCGCUUUGAAGAUCACUCGAGGCCCCAUCAUCGAGGAGGGCCUUUUCCUAGAGAUCUUCGACGAGGAGCAAGACGAGCUCGCCGCAUUCUCCCAGACGCUCUUCAACAAGUAUGGAGAGAUUAGGCCUUGGCUCGUCGAGGACGAAAAGCUCAAGAGUACGGGAUGCUGGGGUCGAGAGCUAAAUGAUGGGACCAUCUUUUACAUCUUCCAUGUCCUUAUUUAUGAUCCAGCGCUCAGAGGGCAGGGACUUGGCUCAUGGAUCCUCCAGCGGCUCCUUUCUUCGUCGCUGGUGGGGGAGAAGGAUACGGUCAUCAGCUGGCCUACGCCCAUGCCAAGCCGCGAUGCCGCGUCGAAGGAGCAAUGGACGGAUGGAAUAGACCGGGCAGUGUUCUUCAUGCGUAAGAACGGCUUUCGAAGGAUCGGCUUGACACAGUUCCUCGCGUACUCGCCCAAACCAAAGCACCUGUCCCGCGCCAUCCCUGCAUCAAAGGAUGCUCCAUUGAUGCUGCGCCACUCGGGUGCUUUUCCUAUUUCGGACCUCGCAAACAGGAUGCCUAUGAGAUGGCCCAAUGCCAAAUUACUCUCAUCAAGCGAAGAGUUCCCGCUGCAUGACAGGAUUCUCCGACUCAAAUUAGACAAGAUAGUGAAGUAUAUUCGAGAGGCAUUUGGCAGGGAUGCUCUUGCCAUCCGGCAAAAGGACAAGGAUGGCUUCACGCCUCUCCACAUGGCCGCUGCUGCUAUUAACAUCGCGGCAGUGAAGACUCUUCUUGAACUGGGCGCCCAGGAGAACGUUUUCGACAAAGACAACAGCGACUGGAAGACACCCCUCAUGCGAUGGACAGGUUAUGCUGAGGAUGGGCUGCUGGUGGAGGCAACACUGAGAAGGGCCAUGGGCGAAGAUAUAGGUGCCGACAUGCAAUUCGUGCAGGCGAAGAAGUGGGGUUGUACAUGCGGCCACUGUGUAGGUGGAUGGUUGUCGCCUCUGUUGAUCCAUCGUCUCGUAAAGAGGGCCGAAGAACUGUACGACAUGCUACCGGAAAUGACUGACUCCUAUUUCCCUGUGCCUAGAAGACCGAUCGACAGGGCCGACAUCGAAUGGGACCUGGCCCUUCCUUAUGUCCCACCCCACCUACACGAAGUCAUUUUCAAAACGUUCCACAGCGGAUAUCGCUUCGUAUUCGGUGCAAUCGCCCAGGUUCUCCGUGAACUGGGGGCCACGAACCCGUCUCCUCAACGAAUGGCCGCUACGCAAAUAAGAGAACGAGUGCUCUUCAAGCUUUCAGGGCAAAGUCCAUGGGUGUACGAUGACAUCUUCUCAUUCCUCAACACAAACGCCGUGAAUUUCUACUUUGCGAAGGGAGGAAAGGUGGAAUACGCGCCCUACUGCGUGGUAGACACCGUGGGGAUGGACUACGAGUGGUGUGCGAUCGACCCUAAGGCUGCGAAGGAGCUCGAGGCAGAAUACGGGCAGUUUCCAACCUGGGGACCAUACAUCGGACCUGACAUGUCCUAUGAUCCAUAUGAAGGUAUGGAAUCGGACUCAGAGGAUGAUGAUGGUGACAGCGAGCUGGAAGGGUAUGGAGAAAGCGAUAGUGACGAAGGUGAGGAGGACAUGGAUACCGAAGAGUACGACGAGGAUGACGAAGAAGACAUGGAGGAAGCCGAAGAGUCUGAGAACGGCCGCUUUCUGGAGGUCCUCGACGAAGAUGACGAGCUUGCCGCAGUUUCCCAGACGCUCUUUGACAAAUAUGGUGAAGCGAGGCCGUGGCUCGUCGACGACGACAAGCUCAAGGGGACAGAGCGCUAG